AUGGAAAAUUACCUUAUGAGCUCUCCCUCCCAGCAUCACCACCCGCAUCAGCAGCCACAUCAGCAGCACAACCCUUACGCCAACUCGGACACGCUAACAAACCUCCCGAAUUUGGAGAACGACUUGGACUUUUCGGAUCUGGAGGUCGUUCCCCCUUCAAAAGACUACCAGGGGCUGCCCAACGUGUACGACGGCUUGGACUUUUCCACAGAUAUGGCCACUGACUUCGUCUACGACCUGACGUUGGAGUUCGACUUGGAUGACCAUAAGCACAUGCCUGAUCCGGCUGAAAUGGGGCACUCCAAACACUUUUCCGUCGAUAGACCGCUUCUGGCGCCGUUCUACCUACUGCAGAAUUCCAGAACUAACUUCAACCACUCGAGAAAUAUCUCGUUGGACGACACAGCUUAUAAGCGUUCUUUCCAUAAGCAUCUGGCGUCAUUGGUGUCGAACGCUGCUGAACCUCCCUCGGGAACGUUUGCCCACUCCCACUCGUCAAACACUCUCCAGCUGCUGUCUGACCUGAUGCCUCAGUUACUGCUGCUGGUGUCGAACCCUCUGUUACUAGACUCGCCUCAUUCAGCAAUGCAGACGGCCACUCCUGGCCGCAGACACAAGUCUCUGUCUGUUUCUUCCCAUACAAACCUAUAUACCACUCCUCUACGUGGUGGCACCCAUGUGUCUCCAUUGACUCAUACCAAAGUCGGCAAGACUCCGAUCGGGAAAACCCAUAGAAGAAACCGCCUGAGAGCCAGCUUGGAGCCCUCGUCAGCGCAUUUGUUGGCCACCGUUGCCAACAUGAAGGGUACCUCCAACGCCUCCAACCUUGCAUUAUCAUCCGCCCAAACUCCCUCGGGCCACCUCACCGCUUCCACCUCUCAGCAUUUUCACGGCAUUAACCUUAGCGAGGCAAACCCUUUCCACAACGAGUUUGUAUCUCCCGGCGUUGGUAGUGGCCAUUUAAGUGAUCACGACGCCACGCCUUUGAACACUCCAGCAGGAAGAGAUCACAGCAGCAUGGCAUCUCAAUUUUUUACCCCCAUCUCUCAUAAUCGAAGCUUCGGCGGCUCGUUGCUUGAGUCUCUGAGCCUGGCCAUGGGCCUGGCUGCCCUGGCAUUCCCAUCUAACUUGAGCCUGAACGAUUUGAGUGUUGCGUCCAGCCUGAACCUGAGCGCUCGUCCCGGCAUGGCGCCGCUUCGUCGUAAUGAUACUCUCGAUUCCAUCACCAUCGAGGAUCAAGAAGAUGAUGCUUGUAAACAGUUGAGGAAAGCUAAAUCUUUCACGUCUUUUGCUGAACAAAGAAUGUCUCAGUUGAUGAAACAAAGAGCGGGAAAAUCUUCAAAGGACUUGGGCAAUGUGUUCACCGACUCUACCCCAGACGCAUCUUCUUCUGGAAGGUCUCCGAGAAAAGACCUGUCUUCAGGUAACUCCUACUCCAAAUCUGCAUCUGUUGACUUGUUACUGGCUCUGCUCGUUGUUCCAGACCACAACGAUUCAUAUUUGAAGUCGUACCCAGCAUCGAUGGACCUCGCGUCCAUCACCAACGCCAGCAGCGGAAACCACGCAUCACCCCUGCCUCCUAAGACUUCAAGUAGGUUAAUGCCCCCCAUUGAGAGCCAAGAACCCCUGUCUUCCAGAUCAAGAGGCUCGCUGACUUCGAAGCCUCGCCAAACCUUGGCCAGUGCUGCUGCCAAGAAGCUAAACAAAAAGGUGCCUCAGACGUACCCUACGGCUUCACAAAUUCAAAAGGCAGCUACUACUGAGGAUAUUGCCAAGUUUGCGGAGAGCAUUCUUCAGUCGGAGAACAAACGCCCUAUCUUUGUCAAGAAACAAGAGGAGGAGGUUUACGAUCCAAAGAAGAAGCACAAGUGUCCCUUGUGUCUAGCACGAUUUCAGCGGCCAGAGCAUGUCAAACGUCAUUUGAAGAGCCACUCGAGCGAGAAACCCUUUCAAUGUGAAGAGCCGAAUUGCGGUCGUCGCUUCAACAGAAAGGAUAAUUUGAAAGCACAUCUUAAGAAGAUCCACCACAAAAAUUUAUGA